AUUUUUAAAUUCAGGAGAACAAGUCUUGGUCUUGUAGGUUCUCAUUUUCCACCUGCCUCUUUCUUCUUCUCCUUCCACCCCAACUCUCAUCAAUGGCUUCUACACCCAACCCACGCAAAAAUGAGAACCCAAACACAAGUCCCAAUAACCCCACCACCACCAUCGCAGCCCCAAUCUUCAUCUCCACCGAGUCUUUGCACUCCCUUCUCUCUCACGAAACCCUAAUACACCACUUGCAAUCCUCUCUCGCUACAGUCUCAUCCACUCUCCAAACCCCGAUCCGCCAAAGCUACGCCGUUUCACCCUCCUCCUCUCUCCUACUCAUGCCCUCUUGGUCCUUAUCCCCCUCCCUCCCCUACGUAGGCGUGAAGCUCGUGACCUACUUCCCUCAAAACUCCUCGCUAAACUUUCCAGGGGUGCAUGCAAGUUACGUGCUAUUCAGCUCCACAACCGGCCAAACUCUGGCUUCCAUGGAUGGCACUGUGUUGACCCUUUAUAGAACAUCAUGCGUCUCAGGCUUAGCCUCGAAGAUUUUGGCUAGAGACGAUAGUGAGACCCUUGUGAUGAUUGGUGCGGGUGCUUUGGCGCCCCAUUUGAUCAAAGCCCAUCUUUCGGCGAGACCCAGUUUGAGAAGAGUGAUAAUUUGGAAUAGAACAACGGAGAAGGCGAGAAAAUUGGCCGAGGAAAUGCAAGAAAAUGGUGGGUUUGAUGGGGUGAGUUUUGAGAGUAAUGGGUGUUUGGAGGAAAUUGUCGGGCUGGGAGAUAUCGUGAGUUGCGCGACGAAUUCGGAGACGGCGCUUGUGAAGGGCGGGAGUUUGAAGGCAGGGGCGCAUCUGGAUUUGGUUGGGUCGUUCAAGCAUUGUAUGAGGGAGUGCGACGACGAGGCAAUAAGGAGAGGGAGAGUGUUUGUGGAUAACGAGGCUGCGUUGGAGGAAGCAGGGGAAUUGGUGGGUGCUUUUGAGAGAGGGGUGAUUGAGAAGGGAGAUAUUGCAGGAAAUUUGUUGGAGUUGAUAAAGGGAGAGAAGGUUGGGAGGAGUAAUUCGGGUGAAAUAACUGUAUUCAAGUCUGUUGGCUCGGCAGUUGUGGACACUCUUGCAUCACAACUGGUGUAUGAGACUUACAAUCAUGCUGAACUAGUUCAUUAGCAUCAUCAUCAUCAUCAUCAGAGUUAUCUAUUUGUUUCUGUCAAAUCUACACAUUUUCCUCAUCCCAAAAUUUGUAAAAGUUCUCUGCAAGCAUUUAUCAGUUAAUGUCUCAUUCCCUUCA